AUGGCAGCUACAACGCAUACCAAGUUCAAUGCAAACACCGAAGGACUCGAUGUCGCAAAGGAGUUUGCGUCCGGGAUCCACGGCAAGACAGUCCUGGUCACAGGCGUGAAUCGCGGUGGUAUUGGGUUCUCAACCUCACAAGCCCUUGCUUCUCAAUCCCCAGCUCACCUGAUCAUUGCUGGUCGGUCCCCGUCCAAGAUACAAGAGUGCAUAGAAGCCCUUCAAGCGGAGUUUCCUGAUGUAGACUAUCGUGGAUUGCAUGUUGAUCUUUCAACCCAGCAGUCUGUCCGUGAUGCUGCUGCCGAGGUCAUGGCCUGGACUGACGUUCCGAUGAUCGACAUCGUUAUCAACAGCGCCGGUGUUAUGGGCAUCCAGGAGCGUACUUUGACAAGCGAUGGUAUCGAGAUGCACUUUGCAACAAACCAUCUUGGCCAUUGGCUUCUCACGUGUUUGAUAAUGCCUAAGCUGAUCAAAGCUGCCGAGUAUAACCCAAAAGGGGCCACGCGCGUUGUCAGCGUGAGUUCUGCUUCUCCUACUGUAUCAGCUAUGCGCUGGAGCGACAUAAAUUUCGAUCGAAAAAAUAGCGAUAUUCCCAAAGAAGAGCAGCCGGAUCAGGAGUGGCUCCAAGCGUGGGGAUAUAGAGAUCUGGGGAAUCAAUCUUAUAUUCCUUUGGACGGCUACGAUCGCAGCAAGGUGGCAAAUGUGCUCUCUGGCAUCGGCGCGAACAAGCGUUUGUUCAACAAAUACGGGAUUCUCUCCCUAGCUGUGCACCCAGGAAUUAUUGGGACGGAGCUAGGUCGGAACUUCCCACCGGAAACACUGGAAGCGGUCAAGGUGAUGAAUGAGCAAGGGAUUUUCACCCGGAAAACACUCGGUGCAGGAGCUUCAACUAGUAUGGUUGCUGCACUAGACCCAAACCUAGCGGAAGGGGUCGGCAAUGACAAGAUGAAUUGGGGCUCGUACCUUGAAGACUGCCAGAUUAGCAACCAGGCGCGUCCACUUGCAGUGUCUAGCGAGGAGGCUGAAAAACUGUGGGAGCUAUCUGAGAAACUGGUCGGGCAGACUUUUUCGUGGUGA